AUGGUGUCGGCAUCAGAUCCACUUGUAGUUGGGAAUGUAAUAGGGGAAGUAGUGGAUGUGUUCAGUCCAAGUGCCAAGAUGUUGGUCACUUAUGGUACCAAGCAAGUUUGUAAUGCUCACCUCUUGUUCCCAUCUGCACUCACUAAAAGGCCCAGGGUUGAGGUUCAAGGAGCUGACAUGAGAACUUUUUACACCCUGGUUAUGACUGACCCUGAUUUUCCAGGCCCCAGUGACCCUUAUCUGAGGGAACACCUCCACUGGGUAGUGACGGACAUUCCAGGGUCAACAGAUGCGACAUUUGGUAAGGAGAGAUUGAGCUAUGAGAUCCCCCGGCCGAGCAUCGGAAUUCAUAGGUUUGUGUUUGUCCUCUUCAGGCAGAGUGGCAGACAUACUGUGAACGUUCUUCCCACUUCCCGAGACCGAUUCAGCACCAGGCUUUUCGCUGCCCAGAAUUCCCUCUCCCUCCCCGUCGCCGCCGUCUUCUUCAACUCCCACCGCGAAAUCGCCGCCGCACGCCGCCGCUAGCCACCCAAUCUCCAUAUGAUUUCGAUCGAUCAUGCAGUAAUUGUAAUAAACCUACCAAGCAAGCCCUAGAGCUUAUUAUUAUUAUUAUCAAU